AAUAUUUGAAACAAUUGUAAAUAUUAUUAUUAAUAUUAGUAUUCAUACUUCAUCUUUUUAAACAACUGUUCCCAUCUUUUCUAUAUAAACAUGACUGCCGCGAGAGGGCGCUGCGCUUGACACCAUUUUACAAACUCCCCGUGCCCGUCUCGACUCUCGUGCAUGACAGUCAUGUAGUCGCGUGGUGCUGAUGUGAGGAACUCUGCCGAUUUAUACUGUUUGGGCGAAGCUUUGUCGUGACGCGCCAGCUGAAUAUGCUAUUCUCCGAGGACGCGGGAGACUUUGAACCAUAAAGUCAACCUGUUCAUUUUUCUUUAAAUAUGCGCGAAUGCUUAUGGAGAUAGCAGAAUGGCUGUGUUGUAUACGGCGGAUGAAUUGAGCUUGUAGAGGGAGGAGCGCUUCGCUCGGCUCGCCGUGCAGGGAGAUGAUGAUGAUGGCAGAAGGAGCCGGAGGAUGCGGCAGACGCGCGUCUCACCGUUUUCUGAAAGGUUAACGGCAACUGGUGGAUGUUAAAGCGACGAAACCGCGAAGCAUUAAUAAGCCGAAAUCGAUUCCGCUGGAAUAUGCAUGUGGCUAACUCUGUGAUGGAUUUGUAGAGAAAUGCAUUGAGUUUCAAGUGAAACCGGGUGGAUAAUGCCAGAGUGGCGAAGGCCGACAGUCAUGGAUCAGAGAGGUCAAGGUGCGUGAAUAAUGUUGGCAGGGCAGGAGGGCUACAAUGAGUGAAAUUACAGGAUGAAUAUGAAUUGAAAACACGGACACGCAGAUACAGUUUAACGUGCCUUUUAAGUGGCACUAAACGAUAGUGGUGGACCUGAAUCAAGAAUAAAAAAAUCGUCAAAAUCGUUAUUACAUUUGACAUUAUAGUAUAACACCUUGCAAUAUGAUGUGCGAAGUGAUGCCAACCAUAAAUGAGGGGGACUCGGUGAGUUCCCAGAGAGGGACUCAGAACGGCACGGAUGCCGAAUCUAAUUUUGAACAGUUGAUGGUGAAUAUGUUGGAUGAGAGAGAUAAGCUGCUGGAGUCGUUACGGGAGACACAGGAGACCCUCAGCCAGUCUCAAAGCAAACUUCAGGAUGUGCUCCACGACAGGGAUGUGCUACAGAGACAGCUCAACUCUGCGCUGCCACAGGAGUUUGCUACCCUGACCAAGGAGCUGAAUGUGUGUAGAGAGCAGCUUUUAGAAAAAGAGGAGGAGAUUUCUGAGCUUAAAGCAGAGCGGAACAAUACCAGGCUUCUUCUGGAGCACUUGGAGUGUCUGGUGUCUCGUCACGAGCGUUCGCUGAGGAUGACUGUGGUGAAGAGGCAGGCUCCUCCACCCUCUGGAGUGUCCAGUGAGGUGGAGGUGCUUAAGGCUCUCAAAUCUCUCUUCGAGCAUCAUAAGGCCCUGGAUGAGAAAGUGCGUGAAAGGUUACGUGUGGCUCUUGAAAGAAUUACUACAUUAGAAGGACAGCUGGCAGCCGCCACUCAAGAGGUGGUUAUGUUGAGACAGAGGAAGGAUGGAAGAUCGGAAGGAGAUGGUGUUGAAAAGAUGGAUGGCUCUAAACCUACAUGGAAGAGGCUUCCCAAUGGCUCCAUCGAUGCCCAUGACGACAACAGCAGGUGUGUGGAGCUACAGGAACUGCUUGAUAAAGCUAAUAAAGAGCUGACCCAAAACAGAGACAGGAUCAGCGGUCUGACCAGCCGCAUGACCGAGCUCGAGGCAGAACUGGCCACCGCCCGUAAAGACCUGCUGAAGAGUGAAGAGAUGUGCACCAAACAUCAGAGAGACAUCCGCGAGGCGAUGGCACAGAGGGAAGACAUGGAGGAGCGAAUCACAACAUUAGAAAAACGUUAUCUGGCCGCCCAAAGGGAAACCACCUCCAUCCACGACCUGAACGACAAGCUGGAGAACGAGCUAGCCACUAAGGAUUCACUUUACAGACAGAGCGAGGAGAAGGUACGACACCUCCAGGAGCUGCUGGAGUUGGCAGAGCAGCGCCUUCAGCAGACCAUGAGGAAGGCAGAGACUCUACCGGAGGUGGAAGCUGAACUUGCCCAGAGAGUCGCCGCUCUUACCAAGGCGGAGGAACGCCAUGGCAACGUCGAGGAGCGUUUGCGGCAACUGGAGGCCCAGCUGGAGGAGAAGAACCAGGAGCUGGGCAGGGCACGUCAAAGGGAGAAGAUGAACGAGGAGCAUAACAAGCGUCUGUCUGACACUGUGGACCGUCUCCUCACCGAGUCCAACGAGAGGCUUCAACUUCACCUGAAGGAGCGCAUGGCUGCACUUGAAGACAAGAAUGCACUCAUCCAUGAUCUGGAGAACUGCCAGAAACAACUGGAGGAAUUCCAUCACACUAAGGAGAGGCUGAUCGGGGAGAUCGAGAAGUUACGAUCAGAACUGGAUCAUAUGAAGCGGAGGAGUAGUGUGUAUGGAGAUGGUACACACCCUAGGUCUCAUGUUGGCAGUGCCACAGACCUGCGCUUCUCAGUGGUGGAAGGUCAGGGCGAUCAUUACUCAUCCACCGGUGUCAUACGACGGGCUCAGAAAGGCCGACGGAUGGCACUCAGGGAUGAACCCACAAAGAUCCUUCCGAUGGUGGAUCAGGACUGGGAUCGCUCUCAACCUUCUAGCUUGCGGGCCAGCCGUACCCAUCUUAUGGGCAGCGACACUGAGUUGUCCGACUUAGACGAUGAGGACCGGGAGACCAUCUUUAGCUCAGCCGAUAUGCUGUCCCCCAGCGGACACUCGGAUGCACAGACACUCGCCCUCAUGUUGCAAGAACAGCUGGAUGCUAUCAAUGAGGAGAUCAGAAUGAUCCAGGUUGAACGGGAAAAUGCAGAGCUUCGUGCUGACGAACUGGAGAGUCGGGUGAACAGCGGCAGCAUGGACGGGCUCAAUGUGACCCUGCGGCCACGCUCCUCCAUCCCCACCUCUGUCACUGCCCUUUCCCUUGCCAGCUCUUCACCUCCAGUUAGCGGCCGAUCCACACCCAAGAUGACGUCUGGUUCAGCGGCACAUGAGUUGGGCAUCAUGACCCUGCCUAGCGAUCUAAGGAAACACCGCAGGAGAGUUGCUUCCCCUGUGGAGGCCCGAGAGGAUAAGGCCACCAUAAAGUGUGAGACGUCGCCCCCCUCGUCCCCCCGCAGCCUCAGACUGGACCAAAUGAACUUCGCUCAACUAACAGGAAGUCUGGAGGAUGGCCGAGGGGGUAACAAAAAGAAGGGCAUAAAGUCGUCUAUUGGCCGUCUCUUUGGCAAGAAAGAGAAGGCGCGUUUGGACCAGCAGAUGAGCAAGGAUGGCCAGAUGACACCACCUGUUAUUACAGAUUUCGAGAUGAGUAUCGGAGACACCAUGACCUUGAGCAAACUGGGCACACAGGCAGAGAGAGAUCGCAGGAUGAAGAAAAAACACGAGCUGCUGGAGGAUGCCAGGAGGAAAGGACUUCCUUUCGCUCAGUGGGAUGGCCCAACUGUCGUCUCCUGGCUCGAGCUGUGGGUGGGCAUGCCCGCCUGGUACGUGGCGGCGUGUCGUGCCAACGUGAAGAGCGGUGCGAUCAUGUCUGCGCUGUCAGACACAGAGAUUCAGCGGGAGAUCGGCAUCAGUAACCCUCUCCAUCGGUUGAAGCUGAGGCUGGCCAUUCAGGAGAUGGUUUCACUGACGAGUCCUUCAGCUCCGCUCACCUCACGUACAUCUUCCGGAAAUGUGUGGGUGACUCACGAGGAGAUGGAAAACUUGGCAUCCUCCACUAAAAUGGAGAAUGAGGAAGGAAGUUGGGCUCAGACGCUGGCAUAUGGUGACAUGAACCACGAGUGGAUUGGGAAUGAGUGGCUGCCCAGUCUGGGUCUCCCUCAGUACCGCAGCUACUUCAUGGAGUGUCUGGUGGAUGCUCGAAUGCUGGACCACCUUACCAAGAAAGACCUGAGGACACACCUGAAGAUGGUGGACAGCUUUCACCGGGCAAGUUUGCACUAUGGCAUCAUGUGUUUAAAAAGACUUAACUAUGACAGGAAAGAGUUAGAACGCAGAAGAGAAGAUUUCCAGCAUGAUCUCAAAGAUACCCUGGUGUGGACAAAUGAUCACGUGAUGCAGUGGAUUCAUAAUAUCGGCCUGAAGGAGUACGGUAAUAACCUGUCGGAAAGCGGAGUGCACGGAGCUCUUAUCGCCCUCGACGAGACCUUUGAAUUCAGCAGCUUGGCCCUCAUUCUUCAGAUUCCCAUGCAGAACACUCAGGCCAGGCAGAUUCUUGAGAGGGAGUUCAAUAAUCUCUUAUCAUUGGGGACGGACCGGCGUCUGGAAGAGAACGAUGACAAGUCAUUCCGAAGGUCUCCAUCAUGGCGUAAACGCUUCAGGCCAAGGGACGGCCAGGGUCUGGGUAUGAUGGCAGGCUCUAUAGAGACUCUUCCCGCUGGCUUCCGCCUCAACGCCAUGUCCAUUCCCCAUUCCAUGACUGCUGUGCCCAAGAAACAGCUGCAACCAGAAGCAGCCGGGCCGCCGGCCCCGCAGAGACUAGACCCAUCAGCUGUCAGGACUUAUUCCUGCUAACUUGCUUUUACUAAUCACUGUACUCACACUUAACAGUGCAUUCCCACUACCUGUAUGGACACAUGCUUGCGGCCUUUCGAGAAUGAUAUGCCAAAUUCUGGGGACAUCUUGAUGGGACGAGGGAAGGGUCACCUCUGCCCCUCCCCUUUCCUGAAUGACACACCCACGCUUUCUUGGACACGUGCAAUAGGGGGGGGGGGGGGUUUGGGUGGCAGAGAGAUUCAUUUCGACUUGAUCUGGAGGGAAUUGGAUGCACAGUACCUGUAAAGGAGAUAUCUUGUCAUAUCAGCUGUUACCCAGUAAUCCCAGUUAUAUAGUCUUCGUGGUGGUCGUACUUAACUGGUGUACUUGGCCCUGUAGUCUGUCAGUGCUAGUCUGUUCCUUUGGGUGUGGCAUUUUACAGUAUAAGGCUUUCCCCCCUUUGGUUAUGCAAAACAGUAAUCAACGUAUCUGUAUAUAUGAAAAACGGAAAAUGAUGCUAUUAUGUUUUUUAUGGAAAUAUAUAUCAGACUUGUAUAUGGAGAUGAAUAUAUCAUUAUUAUAUGAAUUUUAAAAUCUCAGUCGUGACUGUUUUCUGUCGUUUAGACAGCUCUACAGUAUCUGCUAGAACAGUGUUACUGUAAACGUGUAGUUGGUGUUUUUCAAACACCGGUGGUGACUGGAGAGUGGUGUGUAUGUGUUCACAUCAACAGUGCUGACUUUCACGCUACACUUCCAGGUUUGGUGUGGGUUUGUAUGGUCACCGUCCAAACAUUGUGUGGUUUCAAAAAUUGACACUAAAAAAGGAUGCUAAGAAAUGUUGCACGUCAGAGAAGACAAUAGACUUCGGUUCACUUAGCAUCAGAAGAGGACCAUCUUCACCAUUAAAAAAUGUGUUUGAACACAAGAUCAUUUCUGCAAGAUCACAAUGGGAGCAAAUUAUUCCUGAUCAGCCUAGAACAAAAGAACCAAAUUAUGAGUAUCUGUUGGGCAUUUCAUUUUUGUAAGGCAACUUUUCUGUAUAAUUCAUAGGAUGUGUCGUGCUAUUGUGGCAGCUACCGUACUGUAUGUGUAAAUGUAUGUAUGUGUAUUUAAAGUGUUACACAAUGCUGACAAAUCAUGUUCUUACUUAAAAAAGUGCUCUCUAUUAAAAGAGUAUUAUUAAUAGUGACUGUUUAUUCUUUUCAUACACAAAACAAAUGUGGCCAAGUAAUUAUCAUUCUUAAAAUAUGAGUGGAACGAUUGAUGAUGGUUUGACCGAUGUUUAUGUUUGCGUGUCUGAUGAGUGCCCUUGUUUGUGCUGUGCAGAACACUAUUGGCAGGGUGUUUAGUGGAGCAUGCAUGCCACUAAUCUGACAAUCACUGUAGCAUUUAUUGCCUCUCUGUCAUCCAUCAUGACCACAGAUAUAAAGAAUUAUGUCAAACACUUAAACUUGAAGUCCUGUGGUGUGCUGCUCUUUUUUAAGCCUCUAUCUGCCAAUUGUGCCUAGUUUCUCGCAGCCAGUUUUAUUGCUUUUGCUUAAUUUUUGUAUUUAUUUUGUCAGCUCUUCUCUGGCAAUCAUAUCUGUUUGAUCCUUUAGUGGCUUACUAAACAUGCUUGAUAAGGACCAAGCGUACAAUGAUAAUGGAGUUUUCCUGCUGCAGCAGUGAUUUUCGAGUGAAAAUAGUGAUUUUUCGCUAUGUAGUUCUUGGCUCUUCUGUGGUAGUCAACUGUAAAACAGGUGCAGUUCUCUCUCUCUUUCUAGCACCAUCGCAAACUCUUUCUCUUUUGUGUGCAUGUACAGUUUAUUGUUGUAAAUAGCCGAUUUAUGUAUAUAGUUCUGAUUAGAGUAGCUCAUCCAGAUUCCACAUAAAGCAUGUGGUUUGUCUGUUUAGGUGAUUUUUUUUCAAUGUUAAAUUUGUUUAGACACUGUUGUUGUUGUUGUUGUUUUUUUCACUUUAAAUGUAAAAAGCUGUCACGAAUAAAUUAUUAUAUAUGAACAUAUAAAAUAA